CUACGGUCACACUGCUGCCAUGAUUGUGAUAAGGGAGCCGUAAAAAACUGGACUUCCCAAAACAUGCUCCGAAUCUCCAGUCAAAAUGAACGAAUCUCUUGAUAAGACCACCAGCCCGAGCUCGGUGGCCAGUAGUUCCAGGGCCACGCCCUCGCGGGCGGAGGAGGAGGCGGAUGCAGAUGAGGGGCACCACGAUGUGAGCGACACCUUCUACACAAGUCAGCGGAAAAAGGGCAGCCACGUAUUUCGAGUGCGCCUGGAUGCCACAGGAUUCACGCUGCAGCGGGAAUCACCCGCCGGCAGCAUUGUCAAGGAGCAGCAGGUGCGGAUCAGCGAUAUAGUGGGUGCCCGGUGUAUGCGUCCCAAGAAGUCGCGUCGUUUGGCCAUGUCCGGUGCCUGUGCCUGCAGUUCCGGCAAUUCGCCGGCCAUUUCGGCUUCCGGGGAUCAUCACCCUCAUCGUCCGGUCACCACGCCGAGCAAGUGCAGCACCAACAGCCGGGAGAAUCUUCCGUUGGACGGCGGCGGUGGCGAUGUCAGCGCCUUUCUCUACGUCUUUGCCUAUGUGCUGAAAAAGAGAAGCCUUCGCUCGGAAUUGCACAGGGAGCGAACGGUGCUCACACUGCGCUUCAGAUCCUUCGACACCUUCGAGGAUAACAUGAGGGAGGCGGAUCGGUGGUAUAGAUCGCUGCGCUGGCAACUGCAUCGCACGCUGGAGGAGAUCUUUGUGGCGCCCACGGCCGAUGAGCGACGAAGGAGAGUCCUAGUGCUGUUAAAUCCCAAAUCUGGAUCUGGCGAUGCCCGCGAGGUCUUCAAUAUGCACGUGACGCCAGUGCUGAAUGAGGCCGAGGUCCCAUACGAUAUGUACGUGACCAAACAUUCCAAUUUUGCCAUCGAAUUCAUGAGCACGAGGUGCCUGGAUGCCUGGUGUUGCGUGGUCGCCGUCGGCGGAGAUGGCCUCUUCCACGAGAUUAUCAAUGGUCUGCUGCAGCGCCAGGAUUGGGCCCACGUCCUGCCCCACCUGGCACUCGGCAUCAUUCCCUGCGGCUCCGGAAACGGACUGGCCAGGUCCAUAGCCCAUUGCUACAAUGAACCGUACUUCAGCAAACCAGUGCUGGGAGCUGCCCUCACCGUAAUCAGUGGCCGCAGUUCUCCGAUGGAUGUGGUUCGUGUGCAGCUACAGAAUCGCUCCCUCUACUCCUUUCUGUCGAUCGGCUGGGGUCUCAUCUCUGACGUGGACAUCGAGAGCGAGCGAAUCCGGCUGCUGGGCUACCAGCGUUUCACCAUUUGGACACUGUACCGCCUGGUGAAUCUGCGCACGUACAACGGUCGGAUAAGCUACCUGCCGACGGAGCAGCAGAUUGGCUCCUCAUCGAGUCAGAGCCAUUCCGGAUAUGCUGCUGACCAGCGCCGGAGGAUGCAGGGAAGCCGGAGCUGCAACACGCACAUGGACAUAUUGAGUGGACAGCCAGCAGCCAGCUAUCAUUCCAGUGCCGAGUACCUGCCGCAGGAAUUUGCGGAUGUUAUAUCCCUGGAGACGUCCAUCAAUCAGUCGUUCCGUUCGCGAUGCGACAGCUGGCUGUCCGGAGGAUCGCGGCGCAGCUUCUACUAUUCCAUAUCGGAGAGCAUCUACCAUAGUUUGGCGGAUGAGAGCGAGUUGGCGGGAGGAUUGGCGGCCGCCUCGCUGGAGAACAGGCAGUUGAACUACGGGCCGUCGAGUGAACUACCCGACCUCGGGGAACCCCUGCCCGAGGAUCAGGGCUGGCUGGUGGAGGAGGGCGAGUUCGUGAUGAUGCAUGCCGUCUAUCAGACGCAUCUGGGCAUCGACUGCCACUUUGCGCCCAAGGCCCAGUUGAACGAUGGCACCAUCUACCUCAUCCUCAUACGCGGCGGCAUCAGUCGUCCGCAUCUGCUGAGCUUCCUCUACAAUAUGAGCUCGGGCACUCACCUGCCGGAUGUGAACAACGAGUAUGUGAAGGUGCUGCCAGUGAAGGCGUUCCGGCUGGAGCCACACGACAAUCAUGGCAUCAUCACGGUCGACGGGGAAAGGGUCGAGUUUGGGCCACUCCAAGCGGAGGUCCUGCCGGGCAUAGCCCGCGUCAUGGUGCCCAAAUAGAAGGAGGCUGAGGCUCAAGACGACCAACAAGCAAUAGAAAUCUCAAUUUAGGAAUCUCUGCAUUUGUAGCUAUUACUUAGGGUCUAACAUAGAUGACCGCGACGAGAGAGUUGUGCAUUCUUCCAAUUUUAUGUCCUUUUGUGGCUUGCUUUUGCCAAACAAUCAUGUAUUAAAAUUGUUUUUUAAUAACUGAAGUUGCUUUUCAAAUAUUUAAAUGUAUAUAAAUAUGCCAAAUUAAGUGGUUACAAGUUUUAUACUUUUCACGUCCGCUGUUUCAAAUAGUAAAAAAAAUGUGUGAAACUCAAAAGGA